GUGCUCUCCUUCAUGGGCGGUGGCCCUUGAAUAAAGGAGCACUCCUACAGUUCUACCUACUCAAAGCUUUUUCCCCAAAACUGUCGUAGCUGAGUUAGGGUUUCAGUUCCUUGAACUGUCGAAGCGGGUUUUCUAUGGUUUAAAAGACAUAGAAAGAGGACUUACAAGUGUUUUCUAGCGUUCGAUUCAGCUGUAGAGAAAAAUGAAGAAGCUGAGAUGGACAAUGGACGACGGCUUCGGGGACCUGGACAUGUCGACCUCGAUUACGAUUGACGGAAUCGCACGACCAGUCCCUGGAGACUCACUCCCCUUGGGUUUAUCUAGAGGAACCAAGCUAUCAAGGCCUAAGCAGAUCGAUUUCAUGCAGAGGUUCAUGUCAGCCUUCUUCCUUCCUUCUUACGCUGACCAUCCUGCUCGAGUUGGUGAUGGGCUCGCUCUGCAACGCGUUCUCACCUUCCCAUUUGGCGAAAACUGGAUUGCCACUUUCCUAGGCCAAUUCAAUUUGCAGAAAUUAGCAUCUUCUUUGAAAGACAAGGGAUCAAGAGAGCCCCCAGAAUCCUCAUGGUUAAAAAACCUUGGCAAGCACCUUUGUGAUAAAUCAAUGUAUGCCUUUGGUUUCUGCUCAGAAUUCUUGAUCACACCAAAUGACACAUUGCUCGUGAGCUCAGAAGCAUGUGGUGAUAAGAAGCGGUAUCGGAAGAAAGCAGUUUUAGAUCACAAGUUUCCACAACACAAUUUAACUGUAGAGGCAACAUCACCAGGACUUUUUGUUGACAAGGUUGGUACUUACUGGGAUGUUCCAUUGUUGAUAACAGCUGAUCUGGCUUCUGUUCCUUCUGAUUCUGGUUUCAAUGAUCAUUUUUGCAUACAUUAUAUUAGUGGGGCUGCUAAGCAGUUUAAUAGUGAUCAAACUGGUCCAAUACCUCCAUCUCUACUGCCUGGGUUGUAUGUCAAAUCCGCGUUUUCCAUAAAAAAGAAUGUUGACAUUUGGAGAAGAAAAUCAGGCAAAUUGAAAAUGGUACAACCAUUUGACAUUUUCCUGUCAGAUCCACAUAUUUCAGCAUCAGCCACUGUUGGUACUGUAGCUACUGCAUCCUUCAGAGAUAAUUCAGUGAGAUUAAAGAGGGAAGACGAGUUGCAGGGUUAUGGGCGCUUCGAUGUAAAUUUUCCAGGGAAAAAAUGUGCCUUUUUGGCAGAUUUAUUUGCAUCUGUUUCUUGCACAGCUCAGCAUGGAAACUUUCAAAGGCUUUUCCUGGAUCUUAGCCAAUUGCAUGCUCGUUUGGAUUUUCCUUCAGGUUCAAAGUUUCUAUCUGGGGCCGCACGUCUGGUACAAGAUCUUAACAAUUCUCAACCACCUGAUUUGGCUGCUCUUCAUGCAAUUUGCCCAAAUGUUACUCUUUCACUUCAGCAACAGAUUGUUGGACCUUUCAGUUUCCGAAUUGAUUCAAGAGUUUCAUUCGACUUCAACAGCAGAGGGUGGCAUACCCAUGUUGAUGAAUCAAUGUUUGCCAUUGAGUAUGCAUUGCAAGUUCUUGGCUCGGCAAAGGCGAUUGCUUGGUAUUCCACGAAGCAUCGUGAAGCCAUGGUGGAGCUUCGUUUCUUUGAGACCUAAGCAUCACACCAUUUACUUGGAAACGACCUUAUUUUUUUUGGACUGUGGACUAUAUUGGUUUUUUAAUCAGUGGCUAUAUAUGCAUAUUAAGUUUUCAAUUCUUUUUCAAUGCAUGGUUUAUUCAUGGCAUGGACAUGCAUUAAACAGAAGUACUUUUUAAAAUUCAAAACAUGUGGAGUUUGUUUCCUUGUGGGAUGCAUUAUGGGGAAAGAAAUGAUUUACUAGUUGAGAUUCAUCACCAGAUGCCACACAAAAAGUGUGUUUUGCCAAGGUUUUUCAUGCUUUCCAGGGAGCGGGAGCGGGGUCGACACCCUAGUCCCUACACUACCUACUAGCUGAAGAGUGAAGAGGGGCAAACAUCUUGGAACGUGAACUUGUCGACAAUGUUUGGUCUUGGUGGGUUGUGCUGAGAACAUGCCAUAAGGAGGUCGGAGGCUUGGUGAUUGGUACCAGUCCAAUGUCCCUCAGGAGUUGAGGACCUUAAAGUGCUAGCGAGGCUGAGUAGGCCCUCGAGAAUCGAGACUAGGUCACAGGGCCAGGCAUUAUCUGGCUCCCUUGGAGCUGGAGCUGCUGUAUUAUGGUUCAUUCAUGGGAACUCCCCAUGAAUGAUAUCUCUGCUAUGUACGCAGUAAAUUGAACGCUCAACUCAACAAAAAUCUCUGUAGUUGCUUUCUCUUUUCGGCUUUGUUUGGUUUGAAGGAAAAAAAAGUAGGGAAAGGAAAGGAACCUUCAAACCAAAAAUAGUCUUGGAAACAAACAAUAUCCCAGAAAAUAUUGCAUGCGUUUCCAAAUUUUUGAUGGAUAGGGAGCCGAAGAGCCGUUUCUUGCCUCCCCAACAAAAACCCACCUCUCAAAUCUUUCUCAAAUCACUCAAAAACAAAGGCAUCUUCGAAGAAAUCGAAGACUCAUUUGGAGAUACCCCCUCAACGUCCUCACUCCGCCUUCAGAACCUUCAACCGAGUCCACACCACGUCACCACCACAUGCCCGUAAUAAGAAAGGCCGGUCUCCACCGGUCCAAGACGGCCCCGGCCAUGUUAGGCAGUUAUGCGGGACCUCAAACAAAACCAGAACGAGGUUCACAAACCUCUACUUCAAUCGUGAAAGCUUCUCCGGCAUCGAGACGCACUCUGUCGUUGAUGCACUCUACUUCUGAAUCGUCACCAUGUGCACUAUCGGCUUUGGCGACAUCAUCACUCCACUGACCCCGGCAACUAAGGUGCUAGCUUGUGGAUUUGUACUAGUAGGGUUCGGCUUCAUAGAUAUACUGCUUGCUGGGGCUGUGAAUUAUGUGCUGGACUUACAGGAAACCAUGAUCUUAACCAGCAUUCAAGUCAGUGUAAGCUAUGGACAUGGAAGGUUCUCUGCCAAGGACUACAUUUUUGAUGUGGAGAAAGGAAGGAUGAGGAUCAGGAUGAAGGUGGGCCUUGCACUUGGGGUGGCUGUGCUGUGUAUUGGCACGGGUUCUAUGGUUUUGUGCUUUGUGGAGAGGUUGGACUGCGUUGAUUCUGUUUACUUGGUGGGUAUGUCAGUUACGACAGUUGGAUAUGGGGAAGACUUUGCCCGGGAGCCGGGAGGUUGUUUGCUUCGGCUUGGCUUCUGUUAUUGAUGCUGGCGGUGGCUCGGGCAUUUCUGUAUUUGGCUGAGGCAAGGAUUGAUAAGAGGCACAACACAAUUGCGAAGUGGGUUUUGCAUAGAGACAUUACUGUUGAAGAUUUGCUUGCUGCCAAUUUGAAUAACAAUGGGUUCAUCAGUAAGUCAGAGUAUGUUUGUUGUAUACAAGCUUAAGGAGAUGAGAAAAUUUGGUGAAAAAGAUAUACUGCAGAUCUGCAAUCAGUUCAAGAAGAUUGACCCCAACAACACUGGGAAGAUAACACUGCCUGAUCUAUUGGAGAGACUUGGGUGAUGGGGAGGUAGAAGAAGCAGGAUUCUUUGUUUAUAUGGAAGAGAGGGGAAUGGGGAAGAAAGAUGUCUGGGUUUUAGGCCCAUAAGUUGUAGCUGGAAAUUACCAAAAUAUGUCAAGGAAGGAUGUAUAUAAACAUCUGAUUGAAAUUUUUUAGGAGCAAAGUGGCUUCUCAUUGUAUUAAACCAAGCUUUUGCCAAGGGAAUGACUCAAAUGUGUGAUGCCCUUUAUGUUAUUGUAGUGAUCUCCAAAGAGAAACAUUUGAAGAUUGGGUUGAUUCUCUUA